AUGGCCACAUGGCACCUGUACUUUGUAUUUCAGGGACGACUGACAUUCCAAGAUGUGGCCAUAGACUUCACUGAAGAGGAGUGGGAAUGCCUGGACCUCGGGCAGCGAGAAUUGCACAGGGACGUGAUGUUAGAGAACUACAGGAACCUGGCCUCCUUGGGUCUUGUGGUCUCUAAGCCAGACCUGGUCACCUUUCUGGAGCAAAUGAAGAAUCCCUGGGAUGUAAGGAGCCUGGAGACGCCAGCAGUAUACACAGGAACAAAAAGUUACAAGUGUAAGCAAUGUGAGAAAGCCUUUACUAACCCAUCCAGUCUAAGUAGACACAGGAAAAUUCAUUCAGGAUGGAAACCUUCCAAAUAUACAGAGUGUGGCAACACCUCUAAUCAGAAUUCAGAGCUUAAUCAAGAUCAGCAUAUCCACACUGGCAAGAAAUCUUAUGAAUGCAAAGAAUGUGAAAAAGCAUUUAUGUGUUACUCAAACCUUAGUCGACAUCAGCGCAUUCACACUGGGGAGAGGCCUUAUAAAUGUACAGAGUGUGGUAAAGCCUUUAUUAAGAAGUCAUAUCUUACUGAUCACCAGAGAAUUCAUACUGGAGAGAAACCUUAUAAAUGUAAAGAAUGCGGAAAAGCCUUCACUCGCUGCUCAACUCUUACUCAACACCAGGGAAUUCAUACUGGAGAGAAGCCUUAUAAAUGUAAAGAAUGUGGAAAAGCCUUCAGUUACUACUCAGCUCUUCAUGAACACCAGCGAAUUCAUUCUGGAGAGAAGCCUUAUAAAUGUAAAGAAUGCAGAAAAGCCUUCAGUCGUUACUCAACUCUUACUCAACAUCAGCGAAUUCAUACUGGAGAGAAGCCUUAUAAAUGUAAAGAAUGCAGAAAAGCCUUCAGUCACUACUCAACUCUUAUUGAACACCAGAGUAUUCAUACUGGGGAGAGGCCUUAUAAAUGUAAGUGUUGUGGCAAAGACUUUAGCAAGCACUCACGUCUUACUCGCCAUCAGAGAAUUCAUACUGGAGAGAGGCCUUAUAAAUGUGAGGAUUGUGGCAAAGCGUUUAGACAGCACUCAUGUCUUACUAAACAUCAAGUAAUCCAUACUGGAGAGAAAUCUUAUAAAUGUAAAGAAUGCGGAAAAGCCUUCAGUCAGUACUCAACUCUUACUCAACACCAGAGAAUUCAUACUGGAGAGAAGCCUUAUAAAUGUAUAGAAUGUGGAAAAGCCUUCAGUUACUACUCAACUCUUACUCAACACCAGCGAAUUCAUACUGGAGAGAAGCCUUAUAAGUGUCAAGAAUGUGGAAAAGCCUUCAGUUACUACUCAACUCUUACUCAACACCAGCGAAUUCACACUGGAGAGAAGCCUUAUAAAUGUAAAGAAUGCAGAAAAGCCUUCAAGAAGCCUUAUAAAUGUAUAGAAUGCGGAAAAGCCUUCAGUCAGUACUCAAAUCUUACUCAACACCAGCGAAUUCAUACUGGAGAGAAGCCUUAUAAGUGUCAAGAAUGUGGAAAAGCCUUCAGUCACUACUCAAAUCUUACUCAACACCAGAGAAUUCAUACUGGGGAGAGGCCUUAUAAAUGUAAGGAUUGUGGCAAAGACUUUAGCAGGCACUCAGGUCUAACUUGCCAUCAGAGAAUUCAUACUGGAGAGAAACCUUAG